GAUGGACGCCGAUUAUCUAGCGAAAUCGCAUACUAUUUGUUGCAACGUGUAUAGAAAGCCCUUUAAAUUGCUGCCGUUUGGACUGUCUUUUAUCAUGGUCGUUGCGUCAUGGCUGUACAUUACUGCCGAAGAAAAAAGUUGACGUCUGUCUGUGUCUGUCUGUGGUGCUGUAUGAAUAAUUGAAUUUAUUGACUGCGAGCGACCGUUUCCCCGUUCUUGCUCACUCGCUUUAUUGCCUGUGUUUGAUAUUCUUACUGGCCAUCAAAUUACAGUUGGCAGUAUUAAUUUUAUAGAAAAUCAUGAUAGUCUAGUGUUGAGAUUGCAUGUGAAAAGUGCGUGAUUCGUCCAAAAUGUCUUUUUCAUUUGGCACUCCAUCAAGUGCACCAGCUUCAUCAGGUCUCUCUUCAGGAUUCAGUUUCGGCGCUGCCAAGCCCGCAACACCGGGCUUCGGUUUCGGAAGCACUGCCACGACGUCAGCGCCUGCUUUCGGCGCAGCGACCGCUUUCGGGGCCUCAACAACUGGUUUUGGGGGUAACACGAGCACUCCUGCGUUUGGGGCGGGGGCGACUUCCACUCCCGCCUUCGGGGCCAGCUCCGGAUUUGGAGCGUCAGCAACGCCUGCCUUUGGAGCUUCUACGACUCCUGCAUUUGGUGCAACUUCCACAGCACCGACAUUUGGUGCGGCAACAGCAACACCUGCUUUUGGAGCUACUUCGACUGCACCUGCUUUCGGAUCUACAUCUGCUGCGCCUGCCUUUGGAUCAACUACUACACCUGCUUUUGGAGCUACUGCAACCCCUGCUUUUGGAGCCACAACUACUCCAGCUUUUGGAGCGACCUCUCAGCCUGCAUUUGGGGCUACAACCACACCAGCCUUCGGCCAAACUAGUGCUCCAUCUUUUGGGGGUGGAUUGGGCACUGGUGGCCUGAACUUUGGGGCUGGGACCAGCACUGCUUCCACUGGACUAAGUUUCGGCACACCGGCUACCGCGGCAAACACAGGCCUCGGAGGACUGGGGGGCUUUGGUUUUGGGGCUGCAGCUACUACUCAGAGCGGUUUUGGAUUUGGAGCCACAACGAGCACAACUAACAGUUUAUUUGGUGCCAAAUUAGGGGCGACCACUGCCUCAGGACUACAAACAUCUACUACAGCGACACCCAGUCUUGGUUUAGGCGGAUUAUCGCAAAGUGGCAUUGGGACUGCGAACACGACCACAGGCGAUGGAAAAAGUGAACCGCCAAAACAGACCAAGCUGCCAAAUGAAUUAUUAACUGACGUAGAGUCAUUCAAAGAAUUUGUGAAGAAGCAAAAAUCACUCAGCUCAGACAUCAUGAGAGUGUCAAUCAAGCCAUUGCACAAGGUGUCGAGUACGGCGGAGAGCACGCUGCGGCAGGCGCUGUCGCUGAGCGGCGAGCUGGGGCGCGCGCGCGCGGUGUCGGCGCGCCUGCGGGCCUCCGCCGCCGCCGCGCUCGCGCACACCGAGACCACGGCCCGGGACGCGCUCGGCACAGAGUUAGAAGGCGUGGCGCCACCGGCGUACAUCAAAGAGCUGAUCACAGAGCUGGAGCAGCAGAUAGUUACGUUCCGUCGGCAGAUGGAGGUCGCCGAUAAGCAAAUGCAGUCGUCGCCCAAACUGCUUACUGAACAAGAGUUAAAUCUCGGCAUAAGACGCAUGCACGAGUCCCUAGUAGCGCUGGCGGGUCGUUUACAAGCAGUACACACGCAAGUCGAGGCGCAGAAGGAGCAGUACUUGAACCUGAGGAAAUACGUGCUCAAAGAUUCCACUGAUGUCUUCAAUUCUGUGUCAGCCAGUCACAGUCUAGAUCAGAUUCUGCGUGACGCAGAAGGCACGAGAAAGAAGACUAAGUCAGGACUAAAUGACAGCCUAGGUCGUGCCGUGCUGUCUGACCCUAGAGCCGCUUUAGGUAGCAUAGCUCAGCUAGCGGGACCCACGCCAUUCAGUUACCUGGGCAAUUCAUUUUCCCCGUUCCCUGGAGCUGAUAACAGUGGAGGCAGCAGCUGGCAGCCGGGCGCGGCGCCGACGCGGGCCGCCGCCGCCGCCGCGCCGGCCGCGCCCGCCGAGCCCGGCGCCGGCGCCGGCUUCCAGCUGCAGAAGCCGCCCGGCAAGCGCGGCAAGCAAUGAUAUUGGCGGUAACCGGGGCUGACGGACCGACGCGGCCCUGUGCUAAAUUAACCUGAAUAUAUACUAGCUCAAAAUACCAUUAAAACAAUUUGGCAUUCUCGACUUUUAACUGAAGAAACUGCCCGGAUAAUGUGAACAGGGCUUAGGACUGACGUGGCCCUGUGGCAAAUAAACCUGAUUAAAGACUAGGUAGCUCAAAAUAAAGUCAACCUGUUAAAACUGUCGACAUUCACCGAAACCGGCUCCGACUUCUGAAGAUACCCGGAAAAUGUAACAAGCGAGGCGGUACCCCGGGCUUAGAACUGACAUAGCCCUGUGGUAAAUAAUCUUGAAAAUAGACUAGUUCAGAAUACCAACUCAACUUGUGAAAACUAUAUAACGCCGAUAGGCCGUUGCGGCGUGCUCGCCGAAACCAACAUCGACUAACAGAAGAUGUAAGAAGCGAUAGCCGCCGUAGCCGUAGCCGAUAUGUAGCCGCCGUGAAGGUCAGAAUCUCGACGACUCAAAUAAAACUUCGAUUGAUAAUAAAGUGAAGUAUAAUCUUCCAAAAGGUACUGGCUUAGGGUUCUUGCCAAAACUAGAAAGUGGGUGUUGAUAGUAUGGUCAAAGUCCACUUCCACGAUGAAACCGUUGUUGGUCCUUCGCAGCCUUCAAGAAAAGGGCAGACUUGACCAACAACGGGUUCAUCGUGGAAGUGGACUUUGACCAUACUAUCAACACCCACUUUCUACAGUUAACCGUUUUGGCAAGAACCUUGUAAAGCAGUACCUUUACGGGUAACGGGUAGUAGUAAAGACUUAUGGAUUUAUAUUCGUGUCAUUCACAAAGACGCGUGCCUUAACUCGUACUUUCAUGUUAUUAAAGAUUAGAUUUGAUAAAUCUGCGCGUCAACGUAGAUGACACGAACUAUAUUCAUAAACGCGCUACAAGCCUCAAUUAGCUAUUAAUGGUUUGUCUUUAUGGCUUUGUAAGAAAGGGAUCAAACGUAAGUUAACUAAUUGAUGCUUUUAAAGUUUUAUAAAUGAAUUCGCGUACGCAUUAUAUAGUUCAGUCAACGGACUCUUCACUUUAUCCGUCGGAGACAUGAUUAUUCAUUGAUAUGCCGACAAUUUAGUAAUACUAUUUGGAGGACUUAAGAAUUCUACAUAGUGAAGUUCGCUGUGUGUAGUUUAUAGUAAUAAUUAUCUUAUUUGUAACACAUUCACUGUCGGCAGCCCGCUAGGUGGGUUCUCUGUUCGUAGGCGUUUUUCGCUACAUACGGUCGUGCUGGCACUGAAUGUGUUAAUUAUUGUGUUCAUAACAAAUGUACCAAAUAAGUAAACGUGAGUUUAAACGUUUCAUAUUUAGACGCUUUUGGAAUAACACGUUGCCAGUCUGGUUGUACCAACCACAGUCGAACAACUGAUUAUGUUUGUAUAAAAAAUAUAUAAGGUUUUCCAUCGAUAUUACCCUUCUGCUGUGAUAGCACGGUCGCCUUUUUUGCCGUCAUGUCAUGCGUCACUUUCGCACUUAAAUACUUGUUAGAACGUGACAGGCAUGCUAACAGACGACAAAGAGGCGACCAUCUUAGCCCUACUGAUUGCAUAAUUAGUAUCUUGUAAAUAUGUGGAAUGUAGAAGGCUGCGUAAUUUUUAUAAAAUGUACGUUACGUCUCGGGGGACGAACACUAAAGUGAUUUUUAUUAUUAAAUUUAUUAAUGCAUAUUUAUACAUGUGCUCAUUGAAAAUUCUCUAUUACUGUAAAGAAGUUCAAUAUCAUUUCUGGUAUCGACGUAUCGAGCCUCUUCAUAUCAUAAACUUUAUUAAUAAAGCACACGUAUACAUAUGGAGUUAGUAAAACCAUUAGCAUAAAACACUUGCAUACCUCUUUGUAUGCGGAGCUAAGCUAAUAACUUUGCUGACUGUAUAUCCUACACAAUAUGUUAUGUAAAACAGUAAGACCGACAGUAACCAAUGGCAAUGUUAAUGUCAAAGCCAUGGCUGUAAUAUAAAUUUGUUACAACUCUUAAUUUAUGUGAAUCGGAAAUAUACAAAAUAAUUGUUAAUUUUA